CAAGGCCAUUUUUAUGGAGACGGGACGGGAGCGCUGUUCGCCGAGAUGGAGGCAUUGAAAGACCGAGUCUUCACCUCAUGGAUCUUUGCAUAUUUAUCGAUCGAGAAUUCACCAGCUAAUCGUUCCAUUCACGUCGAAACAGAAAACCGGAAAAUGAAGGCAAUUCUCCAGCGCGUGCUCUCAGCCUCUGUCACGGUCGACAACCAAUUGGUUUCCUCUAUUGGCCAAGGCAUUCUCGUUUUGGCGGCUGUUGCUCCCGGCGACACGGUAAAGGAGGCUGAGGCUUUGGCAUCCAAAGUAAUCAAGUUGAAGCUGUGGGAUGAUGAAUCAGGAGGCCGGUGGAAGAAGAAUGUCCAAGACAUCGGCGGCGAGGUAUUGUGUGUCUCUCAGUUCACCUUGCUUGCUUCCACCAAGAAGGGCAGCAAGCCCGACUUCCACGGAGCCCUAGGCCCCGAUGAGGCCAAGACCUUGUAUGACCUGUUUUACAAGAAGGUUCAGGAAGGCUAUAAAGCAGAAAAGGUUAAAAACGGUGUUUUCCAGGCUAUGAUGCAGGUUGCCCUGGUUAAUGAUGGACCGGUCACCCUCGAGGUAUCGGCCACGCCGGCAGCGCAGCAGCAGCAGCAGCAGCAGAAGAAGAAGAAGAAGGAAGACCAAAAGCUUAACCAGAAGCAGCAAAAGCAGCCACAACAAGGGGCCGUGGAAGACGACCAAGCGACGGCAGACAAGGUGCCUGGCUUGACUAAUCAAGUCUAGGUGAUAGAGUGGUUGAGGAUUGCGAGAUGGACCUAAGAAGGGUCGAUGUAAUUGCCAAAUGUAGAGCCGGAAAAGAUGAUCUGCUAGACGUAGAGUUUAGACUAGAGGUUGAUAGUUGGGUUGUAAAAGUGUGCUCGGACCAGUGUACUUGCCGCAUGUCGCUGUUCUUCUUCGAUGCCACAGCCCACAAGAGAUGUAGAGGUACCCUUCCC